AUGGAACCUGCCACUGCCUCCGACCCUACCAACCACACCGCCACACAUUCCAACACCGAGAGCGACCCCAACUCCCGAGGUUCAACUCCACCUCCCAUCGAUCUCCUCUCGAGUGCUCCAGCAUCCUCCACCGCUGCUCCUGCACAGGGAAAAAGUGCUUCACCCACCAACCAUGAUAGACUCUCAGCGACUGGAUCCCCGAAAGAACCAAUUAACCCUUGGGAGGAUGGGCCACAGGAGUUGACCGGCAAGAACUCCUCCGGCGGAGCAGCCAGCAUGCACAUUCCCCAAACCGACACCACCAGCCUGACCACACCCCUCGGAAACACAGACAAAACAGCGGGCCUUGAUCUUCCAGCUCCAGGUGAGAGUCUUACAGACCCCACUAUUGCUCCUGGCUCUACCACUGUGAAAAUGACAAAGGACGCGGAACUAGCCCCUACAGGCCGUGAUGUUGCCUCCAACUAUUCACCUGAUCCCGCUCACGAAAAAGACAAAGUCCCCGCAGAGCCCCUCACCUCUGGCAAACAUCAAACCGAGCCGCAGAUCAAUUGUGAUUCUCUCCCCUCGGCUCAAGCUAGCGGGGCGGCCAGUGUCCAGACACUCCGCUGA